UAGGAAAAUGCAACCAGAUGAUACAGUCAAAGGAAACGCUCAACUGCCCACAUCUAAGACAUAAAAAAAGGGACAAAAACGACGAAGAAAUGGAGCCGGAUUAACAAUUAUGAUCCACCGUCAUCUCCGCCCAGCUCCUCUCGCAGCUCCAUUUUAACAACUCCAAGAUGCGUCCAUCUGACGUCUCAAGAUUGAACCUCUCCUCUUCACCUUCUGUUUCUGACAAAUAGCUAACAUUUGCAUCACCGCCGCCCGUCAGAUUGCUUUGGUUGCUCAAGUCGAUGCCCACCAGAUUGCUUCUUUGCUCGGGUCGACGCCCAUCGGAUUCAUGUAACUCAAGUCAUGAUGCAUGCCUUCGUCAAAACACAAAAGAUUUGAAGAAACAUGAGAGACAAAGUCUCGAGUUUACAGAUCACGGCCAAUCGAUGUCGGCCCGGCUUUAUUUUAGUUGCUAACCUUGCACUGGAUAUGUAAGCAUCGCUUACUUCUGCGGCCACCUGACUUCUGACCACAAAGCACAAAUUAUUGCACUAUUUGUGGUCCGUGCAAAUCAAAGAGCUACGAUACUAAUACUCCAAGCUGUGCUUUUCAACUUGUUCUUGCAGCGUCUUCUGGUAGACCUUACUUAUAAAUUACGGCUUUUUUUUUCCUGGCCCCACAAUAGUUUACUUUCCAUUUGUAAUUUAUCCCCUUUUGAUUUGAAUCUGAUUUCUUUGACCGGCUAGUAUGACGACAUCUGCAGUACACCUAAAUGCACAUAUAAAACCCAUACCCCUGGGCCCUGAUCCUAGCUCCAGCGUCCCUCUCAGACAUGCUACAUUGUUUUAUGUGCAAACCGGAAGCCAAGAAACCUGCUUGAGUCUUGAUUGGUUGCCAGGCCAGUUUGCAGCUGCUGGGAUUUGCCACAGAUCGAGAUCAAUUCUAGGUGAUCGCCAUGGAGGAGCCACCUCAGCUGUUCCUGUGCCCCAUCUCCAUUGAGCUGAUGGAGGAUCCCGUCACGGUGUCCACCGGCGUCACCUACGACCGCCGCAGCAUCGAACGGUGGUUCUUCAAGUACGGCAAGACGACGUGCCCGGCCACCAUGCAGCGGCUCUCUUCCUUCGACCUCACGCCCAACCACACUCUCAAGAGCGUCAUCUCCUCCUGGCUCGAUCGCGCCUCCUCCUCGUCGUCGUCGCCGUCGAACGCGUCGCCGUGUAAGAAGCUGGGGCGGGAGAGGCUGCCGUCUGUGCUUGCCGGCAUUGAGGCCACGCCGUUCAAGGUGACCGCGCUCAAGAACCUCAAGUCCUGCAUGGAGGGGGACGUGGCGGCGCAGGAGGACUUCGUCGCCUGCGGCGGCAUUGAGGUGCUCGGCCGCGUCAUGACCCAGGCGCUGGCGGAGAGCAGCGCCGGCGGCGACUUCUCGGCGUUCCGGACGUGCGAGGAGGCCGGCUCCGUCCUCGCCGCGCUCCCCCUCUCUGACGACGCGUCGGUGGAGCUCGUGCUCAGGCCGGAGUGCAUGAGGCCCGUGGUCGCGCUGGUGCAGCGCGGCAGCGCCGAGGCGAGGCUGCACGCCAUGGCCAUCGUCGCCAAGGUCUCCAGGGCAAGCGGCGCCGGCCGCGACUGGACUACCGGCGUCGACGUCGACGACCUGGUCAGGUCCCUCCUCGAGCUCCUGUCCGACGGCGCGUCGCCGAAGCUGAGCUCGCGCGCGCUGGAAGCGCUGCUCGACGUCACGGCACUGUCCCGCGGCGCGCGGCGCGCGAAGGCCGUGGAGGUGGGCGCGGUCCGCGUGCUCGUGGAGCUCCUCCCCGACGCCGACCGCCGCGCCGCCGAGCGCGCGCUCCUCCUGCUGAAGCGCCUGUGCAAGUGCCCCGAGGGCCGGCUCGCCUUCGCGGAGCACGCGGCGGCGGUGCCCGCCGUGUCGCGGACGGUGAUGCGCGUGUCUGGCCUCGCCAGCAGGCUGGCCGUGAGCGUGCUGUGGCUGGUGGCGUGCGCGGUGACGCCGGCGGAGAGGGUGCUGGACGACAUGCUGAUGAGCGGCGGCGUGGCGAAGCUGCUGGCGCUGGUGCAGGUGGAGAGCUCGGCGUCGACCAAGGAGAAGGCGGCGAGGCUGCUCAGGGUGCACGGCGCGUACUGGAGGCAGUACCCGUGCUUCCCCACCGACCUCAGGGACUACCUGAAAUUUCUCAACUGAUGGUUCCUCUGCGCGUGUCCAUUGCAACAGUGCAGAGGAAUUCCGAAUGCGUAUGUGCAUUAUUUGUACAGUUCAAAUGUUAGAUCGUUUGGGUUUUGAUCCAUCCAUAGAUUUGUAGUUUUGGAUGCAGUUGUAUGUAUGACAUUGAGAUCAUUUCAUGAGGAUCAAAAGGAACUUGGAGCGUGCA